GGGAGUAUAAAGGGAGGAAAGUCAGCAGCCAGGAAACAGUUUCCUUUGUGACAGGAGCUAACACAGUUAUACAACAACUUUGGAAGUCAUGGAGUCAUCGGACAUUCAAAGGAAAAAAAUAGCUGUCAUUGGUGGUGGCUUGGUUGGAUCAUUAAAUGCAUGCUUCCUUGCAAAGAAGAAUUUCCAAGUUGAUGUAUAUGAAGCUAGGGAAGAUAUCCGAGUGGCUAAAUUUGCACGUGGAAGAAGCAUUAAUCUGGCCCUUUCUUAUAGAGGACGACAAGCCUUGAAUGCCAUUGGCCUGGAAGAUCAGAUUGUAUCUCAAGGCAUUCCCAUGAGAGCAAGAAUGAUUCAUUCUCUUUCAGGAAAAAAGUCUGCAAUUCCCUAUGGGACCAAGUCACAGUAUAUUCUUUCUAUAAGCAGAGAAAAUCUUAACAAGGAUCUGCUGACUGCUGUUGAGAAAUAUCCCAAUGUGAAGGUGCACUUUGGCCACAGGCUGCUGAAAUGUAAUCCUGAGGAAGGAGUCAUCACAGUGGUUGGAUCUGACGAAGUUCCUGUAGAUAUCACUUAUGACCUCAUUGUCGGAUGUGAUGGAGCCUAUUCCACUGUCAGAACUUACCUCAUGAAGAAACCUCGUUUUGAUUACAGUCAGCAGUAUAUUCCUCAUGGGUACAUGGAGCUCACGAUUCCACCCAAGAAUGGGGAUUAUGCCAUGGAACCUAAUUAUCUGCAUAUUUGGCCUAGAAAUACCUUUAUGAUGAUUGCGCUGCCUAACACGAACAAAUCUUUCACGUGUACUUUGUUCAUGCCCUUUGAAGACUUUGAAAAACUUCUAACCAGCAGUGAUGUGCUGAAUUUCUUCAAGAUGUACUUUCCAGAUUCCGUCCCUCUAAUUGGAGAGCAAGCCCUGGCACGAGAUUUCUUUCUGUUGCCGGCCCAGUCCAUGAUAUCUGUGAAGUGCUCUUCUUUUCACUUUAAAUCACAUUGUGUGCUGAUGGGGGACGCAGCUCAUGCCAUAGUGCCCUUUUUUGGGCAAGGAAUGAAUGCAGGCUUUGAAGAUUGCUUGGUAUUUGAUGAGUUAAUGGAUAAAUUCAAUAAUGACUUUAGUAUGUGUCUUCCGGAAUAUUCAAGUUUGAGAAUUCCAGAUGACCAUGCCAUCUCAGACCUAUCCAUGUACAACUAUAUAGAGAUGCGAGCACAUGUCAACUCGAGGUGGUUCAUCUUCCAAAAGAACAUGGAGCAAUUUCUUCAUGCUAUUAUGCCAUCUACCUUUAUCCCUCUCUAUACCAUGAUCACCUUUUCCAGAAUAAGAUACCAUGAGGCACUGCUGCACUGGCAUUGGCAGAAAAAGGUGAUAAACAAAGGACUCUUUUUCUUUGGAACACUUAUAGCCAUUGGUAGUACCUACCUACUUAUGUGCGCCAUGUCACUGAGACCCCUACACUACUUCAGAAGACCAUGGGACUGGCUUGCUCACUUCCAGAACAGGACAUGUUUCCCUGCAAACUCCAUGGGGUCACUAGAGAAAAUUCCCAAUGUCAUUAGCAGUUAAUAUAAAGAUUCUGAAGUGACAAACAGUUGGAUUUCUUUGUAACUAAAACUAAGUGUCAAAACCAUGUUUCCGUCAUAUUUAAUUCAUUCACUAGUAAAAAGUAUGUCAGCUUAUAAUUAAAUUCAGUAUAGAAUUUCUCUGUGUGUUUAUUGUGAUUAUUGGGGGAGGGGGGGCGGGGGGACACAACAACCCCAAACUACCAUUUUAAGUUGCAAAGCACAGCUUUCCCACAACACUACACAUCGGUGUGGUCAUUCUAAAUAUAAAAGUGCAAUGACUAAGAACACUUUCACUUCUCAAAAAAUAAAGUGCCAGAGGCCUCAAGGAAGACACUGAUCACAUCUUCUCUGUAAAGGACAUAAUUAAGGUCAUGAUAGGACUGAAUCAAUAAGUAUUGAUAGGACUAAACUUAAAAACUAUGAUUUCCCUAACAUGUUAAGUACACUUUUGAUCACCUGGAUGGAACUUAUCCAACAUAGAACUCGGCUUCAUUUACUAAAACUGGAAGUAUAAAUGAGGCAUUUGAGGCACUCUGGAGAGUUACAAAAUGAACUAAUUUUACUUCAC